UUUUUUUUAUCAGCACUUCUCUACACCGUACACUCCUUACAGUUGUUUUGCCUGUUUGUUACGUCUACUGGUUAUAUUAUCAGGCCAGGGCCGCUCGCACUGUAAGAGAAACAUCCUCUUGCAGCGGCAGUAGUUUGAAGAGGCAGCCGCCGCCAUCUUUGAGAAGGGCGAAUGGAGAGCUGAGCAGAGCAGAGUAGUCGGCUGGAUGGACGUCUUGACAGUUUAAUUUGAGCCCCUGUCCUGCCCCCCCUCCUCCCCGGUGUUUUUAAUUAGCGGUAAUCAAACACCUUACCACCAUGACUGAUAUGACUGACAAUCACAGGGAGGCCUGGGAAAACCUGAUCACUGCCGCUGACCGCUAUCGCAGACAGACUGGAAAUGACAUUGUGUUUAUCACUGCCUACAAACCCAAGUCUGUACCCUCCUAUGCAUACACUGUUCAUGGCAGUGGCAUACUGUUGGAAGCCACCCAAAGAUAUCUUGAUGACAUUGCCGUAGUGCACAAGACCACUGUUUUUACCAGCCCUGUGCCCAUUCUUAAAGGCAAGGAACCACCAGUGGCAAAGCAGAACUCUUACUCAAAGAGUUACCCCUCAAUUUAUGGAAAAGAGGACUUCUCAAUUGAGGAUAGUAACUUUGCGAGACCAAUGCCCACAAAUCCAAUGCCUGACCAAAUGCCAAACGUGGGAGCAAGGGCCGACGAGGACUACAACCAUUCAAGCAAUCUACAAAAGGCGCCGGAGCAUGUUCCCAGUGCCUCAACAGGACUUUUUAUGAUGGAUGAAGACUCAAACAGCCAAGACUGUGAACCAUUCUUUGAAUCUGACCCAGAGAGUCAAGAAGAUGGGAGCCUGACUGAGGACCCGGGGCCUUUCCAGCGCAAUGUUCAGCAGUAUGCAAAAUCUCUCCCGGUCACUGUGCCUGUCUGGGGAUUUAAAGAAAAGCAUAAUGAAAACAAAUCUUCUGAUGAGGAGAGCAGCAGGCUCCCUUCUCCAGACCUUGACCGUAUUGCCGCUAGCAUGCGUGCUCUGGCUCAUGACAAUACGCAGCCAUUCGGGGACCUUCCUCGCCCUCGACUGAACACCGGUGACUUUCACGUUAACUACCGGAAGUAUUAAAUCACUGGUAGUCAAUGCUGCCCACUGAUUUGAACACUAAAAGUUCCUCUCGCUGAAAUUGGAUCCACUGAAGCUGCCCCUCUGCAACUGGAAGGGACUCAUUCUACUGUGGUUUAAAUGCCUUUUUAGAGCCUUUUUUAAUUUUACCCCCUGUCAUUGUCUCAGGCUUUGACAAAAUUCCCCUCAAUUGAUUAUGUACAAUUUCUUACCCUUUUUUAAUUCGACCUCAAUAAAAGAGGAAUUCAUA